AGAGAGAGAGAGAGAGAGAGAGAGAGAGAGAGAUAGAGUAAAAUGGGUUUCUCUAUUCUUUCAUUGCAAGCAUUUUUUAGGCUCUUUCUCUUAUCUGUCCUAACUUUGUGUCUCAGUUCUGAGCUUGCAGCUGCAAGCAUUACCAAGCACUACAAGUUUGAAAUCAAACUGCAAAAUGUCACAAGGUUGUGCCAUACAAAGAGCAUUGUAACAGUUAACGGGCAGUUUCCUGGACCUCGGAUUGUAGCAAGGGAGGGCGACAAUCUCCUUAUUAAAGUGGUUAAUCAUGUCCCCAACAACAUCUCCAUUCAUUGGCAUGGAAUUCGACAACUUCGUUCCGGAUGGGCUGAUGGACCUGCAUACGUGACCCAAUGCCCUAUACAAACGGGUAACAGUUAUGUAUACAACUACACAAUUGUAGGACAAAGAGGCACCCUUUGGUGGCAUGCUCAUCUUUCUUGGCUCAGAUCAACUGUUUAUGGUCCUCUAAUCAUUCUUCCAAAGCGCGGUGCUCCUUACCCGUUUAUCAAACCCUACAAGGAAGUACCCAUCAUCUUUGGAGAGUGGUGGAAUGCAGAUCCAGAAGCAGUCAUAAACCAGGCACUACAAACUGGUGGAGGUCCAAAUGUCUCUGACGCCUAUACCAUCAAUGGACUCCCAGGACCACUGUAUAACUGUUCUGCUAAAGAUACAUUCAAGCUGAAGGUUCAAGCUGGGAAAACAUAUCUUCUUCGCCUAAUCAACGGAGCGCUAAAUGACGAGCUCUUCUUCAGCAUUGCGAAUCAUACACUCAAAGUGGUCGAAACAGACGCCGUUUAUGUUAAGCCCUUCAAGACCAACACCAUUCUCAUUACCCCGGGACAAACCACAAACGUUCUUCUCAAAACCAAACCCAACUUCCCAAAUGCUACAUUUCUCAUGACUGCAAGGCCAUACGUGACUGGUCUAGGCACAUUUGACAACUCCACUGUUGCUGGCAUUCUUGAGUACGAAGCAACCACACUUCACUCAACCCUCCCAAUGAAGAAACUUCCCCUCCACAAACCAAUCCUCCCAGCUCUAAACGACACAUCGUUUGUGACAAAGUUCGUCAGCAAACUCCGCAGCUUGAACACUCCACAAUUCCCAGCUAACGUCCCACAAAAAGUUGAUAAGCAUUUGUUCUUCACGGUAGGACUUGGAUCCAACCCAUGUAGCCAGCAGCAGAAUAGCAACCAAACCUGCCAAGGGCCCAAUGGAACCAUGUUUGCUGCUUCAAUCAACAACGUUUCUUUCACUAUGCCAACCACUGCCCUACUCCAAUCCCACUUCUCGGGCCAAUCAAAAGGAGUCUAUUCCUCCGACUUUCCGAUCAGCCCUUUAACUCCGUUUAACUACACCGGACCUCCGCUGAACAAUACUAACGUGGGAAAUGGUACAAAGCUAAUGGUGCUUCCUUUUAACACUAGCGUGGAGUUGGUGCUGCAAGGCACUAGCAUUCUUGGUGCUGAAAGCCAUCCUCUUCAUCUCCAUGGAUUCAACUUCUUUGUUGUUGGUCAAGGAUUUGGCAACUUUGACCAGAAUAAGGACCCUAAAAAGUUCAAUUUGGUCGAUCCUGUUGAACGAAACACGGUUGGUGUGCCCUCCGGUGGGUGGGUUGCGAUUCGAUUCCUAGCUGAUAAUCCUGGUGUAUGGUUCAUGCAUUGUCACCUGGAGGUCCAUACGAGUUGGGGUUUGAAGAUGGCAUGGGUAGUGCUAGAUGGAAAGCUUCCCAACCAGAAGCUGCUUCCUCCACCGUCAGAUCUUCCGACAUGUUGAUUAAACGUUUAACUCCAACCCGAUCGAGUAGCUUCAUG